GAAGAGCACGUGGAGGAGGAAGACGAGGACGCUGUGGAGGAGGUGGACUAUGAUGAUGAAGAUGAAGGAGAGCACAGUCAGGAGCGCGAGGACGAUCAGAUGAGCAGCAGUGAAGGAGGUCAAGGCGCUGGUGAAAGUGGCAGUGACAAUACCAAGUCUAGCCAGGUGGGGGAGAAGGAUGACAACAACAACGAUGAGUACGAGAACUAUGAUGAGCUGGUGGCCAAGUCUUUAUUGAACCUGGGCAAAAUCGCAGAAGAUGCUGCCAAUCGAGCCAUGACAGAGUCUGAAAUGAAUAGUAACUCAUCACACAGUGAAGAGGAGGAUGAGGAGGAUGAAGAGGAAGCCGACGAGACACAGAGAGGAGACCUGAGUCUGGAUGUGGACAGUGACGUGGUCCGUGAGACAGUGGACUCUCUCAAACUGUUGGCACAAGGUCAUGGGGCAGUGCUGUCUGACAAUAUGGAUGAACAGUAUGAGGACUGCACAGCAGACAACCAGGGCAACAGUGGCUGUUCCCAAAAUGGGCUGAAUGCCCACCCUGGACAGAUAAAGACCAGCAACGGACUGGACAACAGUGAUGAGGAGGUGUGUCUGAGCAGUCUGGAGUGCCUAAGGAACCAGUGCUUUGACCUGGCUCGCAAACUCAGCGAAACAAAGACUGCUGAUCGAAACGGGUCAUCCCAGCAAAACCAUUUCACCUGUGAGGAUGCUAACCAACAGUCCCAUCACCAAGGUUACGCAAACUACCACCACAACCCAGAAGACAGGCACCGGACACUUGAUAGGAACUAUUCAGACAUGGACAAUCUUAUGAAGCUGGAGGAGCAGCUGAGCCCACGCUCAAAGACUUUUGCCAGUUGUGCACAGGAGGAGCGCUAUCACCCAAACCAUCGGGACUUUGACGAGGACACGGCCUCGGUGACGUCAGACCGCUCUGAGGAGGUCUUUGACAUGACUAAAGGGAACCUAUCUCUGUUGGAGAAGGCGAUUGCACUAGAGUCCGAACGUGCCAAGGCAAUGCGGGAUAAAAUGGCAGCUGAGGCUGCGAGAAGAGAAGGAGUGAGGUACAGCCACGAAGACCACGGCCCACGGCACGGAUACGGUGUGGAACGGAAAGCACGGCUUCCUGAUGGCAUAAAGAAGCCAUUUUACCACAAAGAUGUAUCCCGGGCAGACAAAAAGGAGAGUCGGUGUCCCACACCGGGCUGUGAUGGCACGGGUCAUGUGACUGGCCUGUACCCCCACCACCGGAGUCUGUCGGGCUGUCCGCACAAAGACAGGGUCCCUCCUGAAAUUGUGGCUAUGUAUGAGAAUGUUCUUAAGUGUCCUACGCCCGGCUGCACGGGACGCGGCCAUGUCAAUAGCAACAGAAAUUCCCAUCGAAGUCUGUCAGGAUGUCCCAUCGCUGCAGCUGAAAAACUGGCCAAAGCCCAGGAGAAGCACCAGGGCUGUGAUGGCCCCAAGUCAAACCAGGCCUCUGACCGUGUUCUAAGGCCUAUGUGCUUUGUCAAACAACUGGACUAUCCACAGUAUGGUUACAAGAACAAUGUUUCCACCAGCACGCCACGCUCCAAUUUGGCCAAGGAGCUGGAGAAAUACUCCAAGACCAGCUUUGACUACAGCGCCUUCGAUGGGAGCAACAGCCACCAGGUGUACGGGAAACGGGCCAUCGCACCCAAGGUUCAUGGACAUAGGGAUACCUCCCCCAAAGGAUAUGAUGCCAAACGUUACUGCAAAAACUCCAGCUCUGCCAGCAGCACCACCAGCACAUACGGUCCCAGCAGCAGCAGCAGCAGUCUGAGCUGUGGAGGACCUGCAGGGGGCGCCGGUGGGGGAGGAGGGAGCAGUGCCAGCAGUACCUGCAGCAAGAGCAGCUUUGACUACAGUCACGACAUGGAGGCUGCACACAUGGCUGCCACUGCAAUCCUCAACCUGUCCACACGCUGCAGAGAGAUGCCACACGGCAUGGGGGGCAAGCCUCCAGACCUGUGCUCACAAAGCCCCAGCCUAGAUGUUGAUGAGAACGGUACGUUGGACCUGAGUAUGAGCAAGCAUCUGUGCGCUGGUGCUGAUGGGGACUCGGUGCUCACCCCUCUAGAGCCCAUGUCCCCCCAGCGGCAGGCCGCCCUGCUGGGCUCACGCUGCUACAGCAUGGGGGACCCUGCCGACUGCUGGGACCUGCCUGUAGACUACACCAAGAUCAAACACAUAGACGAGGACGAUAAAGAGGACACUACACCUGACGACCUGGACCCUUUCCAUGACCUUCUGGACGACAGCUCCUUCACUACAGAUGUGAACAUGCCCAGCCCCAAGCCCAAGUAUGCCCAGUGCAAGGAGAGCAAGAAGGACCUGAUAACUCUCUCAGGUUGUCCUUUAGCUGAUAAAAGCAUUCGAAGUAUGCUGGCCAACAACGCACAAGAGCUCAAGUGCCCGACACCAGGGUGCGAUGGUUCGGGACAUAUCACUGGCAACUACGCAUCUCACAGAAGUCUCUCAGGGUGUCCACGGGCCAGAAAAAGUGGGAUAAAGAUCAUCCACAGCAAAGAGAACAAGGAGGACCAGGAGCCUAUCAGGUGUCCAGUCCCUGGAUGUGAUGGGCAAGGCCAUGUAACGGGGAAGUAUGCAUCUCACAGGAGUGCGUCAGGGUGUCCCAUAGCAGCCAAGAGGCAGAAAGAUGGUUACUUAAAUGGGAUUCAGUUCACAUGGAAAUCUGGCAAGACAGAGGGCAUGUCUUGCCCUACUCCGGGCUGUGACGGCUCAGGGCAUGUCAGUGGCAGCUUCCUCACUCAUCGCAGUCUGUCAGGUUGUCCACGUGCUACAUCUGCCAUGAGGAAAGCCAGGCUUUCUGGAGUGGAAAUGCUUACUAUAAAACAACAGCGCAUCAGCAACGGGCUGGAGCAUGAAGAUGAGAUUAAACAGCUGGAUGAAGAAAUCAAAGAUUUAAGUGAAUCAAAUUCACAAGUGGAAACAGAUAUGAUUAAACUCCGAACACAGAUCACUACAAUGGAGUCAAACCUGAAGUGCAUAGAGGAGGAAAACAAGGUGAUUGAACAGCAAAAUGAAUCUCUCCUGCAUGAGCUGGCCAACCUCAGCCAGUCACUGAUUAACAGUUUAGCUAAUGUCCAGCUCCCUCAUAUGAAACCACUGGCGCACAAAGAGCCUCCUCUAAGGCCUAGCUGUCUACAGAUGCAGCAGGAGGCACUAACAGAGCAGAACUUUGAUGCAUAUGUGACCACACUAACAGACAUGUACGCAAACCAAGAUCAGUACCAUACUCCAGAAAACAAAGUCCUGUUGGAAAAUAUCAAACAAGCUGUUCAAGGGAUCCAAGUCUAA